AUGAAAAAGCAGUCGAAUAUCGAUGGACCCAGCAGCUGUCCAGCGUUUUGUUCUCAUUACCAUCAGUGGGUAGAUGGAUUAGAGAGCGUGACAAAUACCGUCUCACGAAACAGCUUCUCCGCGUCCCAAGACGCAAAACACGCACAUUGUGUGCUUUUGCCUUUUGCCUUGACCAUUGUAUGCACUCCAUGCCGUACUGGUGGAGGCGGUGAUCGAGAGAGGCGGGGCAAAGCCACUCGGAAAUCGAAACAACCGCUGAAUAAAACUCUGCUGCCCUAUCUUUUGUUUCCAAAUGGCGUGCCACGUGCUAAAGACGUCCUAUUCCAUCCCAUCACGUUCGAAUCGUCCUUGCUCUCACAUGUCGCGAUAUGGCAUUGGAAAUGGCAACCACCUCCGCUAGCCGCAAUGAGAUGGAGGGCUCGUAGUCAAUUUUUUCUCCAGGGCCAUUUGCGCUGA